AUGGCGGCCGCCGCCACCACCGUCGCUGUCGUCGCCGCCGCCCCCGCGCUGCAUCAUGGGAUGGCGGAGGACCGGACCCUCCCUCGCGGGGAGGGCGGCCAGCGGGCGCCGCUGGCACUGUUGUAUGACAUUACGAAGGUGAAUCCAAAGAGGACCAUAGAUGUAGGGUCAUUCCAAGUAAACCCUGACGGCACACAAGAGAGGAGUAAGGUUCCUUUGGCAAAGUCAGAGAGCAACUUAGAGGAGUUCUUGGGACAGGAAAGGAGAUGGGAGAGGAAAUCCGUGCAGAUCGUGCCUUGUUUUAAGAUUUUUGCCUGGGAAAGUAUCGUAGAAGAGUAUGAAGAUGAAAUAUUCUCACUUAUCGCCCAAGAGGCAGACUAUCUAGCUGACAAGCUGUGCAGUGAAAAAUCAGAAGAGCAGACACACCGAGUAGCAGAUUAUUUUGAAAACAACGUACUUCCUCCAAAAUGGACAGCAGGAUUUCUGGUAGCAGGACUUGUACAGAAAAACUUCCUGGGCAUUUCAGAAACAUAA